AUGAAUACGGGAGCCGUUGCACCUAACCUUUUCCACUUCACUCCCAAAAACAUCUGGGUGCUCGCGUAUGAAUGGUGCGCAAGUCCAUUCUGCUACAGGACGUCCAGCGAUCCCACGAACGCGAAUGGAUGGUCAUCGCCUCAGCCGCUCUUCUCCGGAUCCUUGUCCGGCGGGUCGGCACCUAUCGACCCUGCCAUCAUCGGUGAUUCCAAGAACAUGUAUCUAUUCUUUGGCGCAGAUAAUGGCAAGAUCUACCGAGCCAGUAUGCCCAUCGGUAAUUUCCCAGGCAACUUUGGCACAUCUGCAACGGUGGUCCUGAGCGAUUCAACGAACAACCUGUUUGAGGCCGUUCAAGUCUAUUCCGUCCAGGGCCAGAACCUGUAUCUCAUGAUCGUAGAGGCUAUUGGUGCAAAUGGGAGAUACUUUCGCUCAUUCACCGCUACGAGUCUAGAUGGCGCAUGGACACCACAAGCCACGAGCGAGUCAGCGCCGUUCGCGGGCAAGGCGAAUAGUGGCGCCACCUGGACGAACGAUAUCAGCAGCGGUGAUCUCAUUCGGAGCAGUGCUGACCAUACAAUGCCCAUAGACCCGUGCAAUCUGCAGUUCCUGUACCAGGGUCGAGCCCCUAACUCUGGCGGGACGUAUAAUUCCUUGCCUUACCGACCUGGUCUUUUGACACUGAAGCACUAG